AUGGGCUCAAUCGAUAUUCCCAAAACCCAGAUGGUCGCACUCGUGAAUAGUCUCGGGGGCAAAGUAGAAUUCAAAACAGACUACCCGGUACCAGAUCCAGGACCGAAUGAAGUUCUCGCCAAGGUCCUCUAUAGUGGUGUCUGUCAGAGUGAUCUCCACACGAAGGCCGGCACUGCGGCUGGCCCAGAUGGUAAUCCAAUCACGAAGAUUAAGCUACCACAUGUAGGCGGCCAUGAAGGUAUCGGCCAAAUUGUUGCACUGGGGCCAAACAUCACGCACAGUACAGGUCUUAAGCUUGGCGUGUUAGUUGGAAUCCGAUUUUCGAGUCGAAUUUGUCGCCGAUGCGAGUUUUGUCUUGCUGGUACAGAACAGUACUGCGUGCAAAGCACGAAUCACUUGCACCAUGAAGAUGGAAGUUUUCAGCAGUAUAUUGCACUUGAUGCGGACUAUUUGACAAUUCUGCCGGAUGAUAUCGACCCAAUGUUGAUGGGUCCAGUACUCUGUGCUGGAUUAACUGCGUACAAGGCAAUUUUGAACGCCAACAUUCGCCCUGGCAACUGGCUGGUCGUUGUCGGUGCAGGAGGAGGUCUUGGGCACUUGGCAGUGCAAUAUGCGAGAGCGCAAGGGGCAUUAGUCAUUGGAGUUGACACCGGCACUGACAAACGAGGCUUCGUUCUUGGUCUUGGGGCAGAGGAAUUCAUUGACUUCGCGACCGAGGAUCCGGUCAAGAGGGUUCACGAAAUCACCGGCUUAGGGGCUCAUGCCGCUGUUGUAACGGCAGGUAGCUCCAAAGCUUUCGCUCAUGCUUGUGAAAUGCUCCGGGUCGGAGGAAGUUUGAGCUGUGUUGGCAUUCCUCCGGGCCGACCUUGCCUCGAGACGCCAAUAUGUAUGAUUGUGAUUAAAGGAUUGAGAAUCACUGGAAAUCUUGUCGGAUCUUUAAAGGAAUGUAUGGAGGCGGUUGAUUUGGUACGACGAGGAGUUGUCAAGCCCGUUAUCAAGGUGCGCCCGUUCAAGGACCUCCCGGACGUAUAUGAAAAUAUGGAGAAGGGCGAUAUUGCGGGAAGAGUGGUUCUUAAGAUUUCCGAUUAA